UUUUUUUUAUAAUUAUUUUUUUUACAAUUAUUAUUUAUUUUUUUUGGUGGUUGUGUUGUAGUUAUCCUCUGCAUGCCGAGAAAUAAAUUUGCAUAUUUGAGGAUGAUAUCAAAGGGCUAAAUUGAAAUUUUCUCCAGGUGCCAUGAGUGAGCAGAAACCAAAUGCUAAAAAAGAAAUUUUGGUGGAGUUAAAAGUGUACAUGCAUUGCAAGGCGUGUGAAAGUUUAGUAUUCAACACACUUAAACAUUCGAAAGGUGUCGAGACGGUUAAAGUCGACAUGAACGCGCACAAGGCUAUUCUGACGGGCCAAUUCGAGGUCGAAAAGAUUCUAAAGAAGCUCAGGAAAAAGACGGGAAAGAGAGGAGAGAUCCUAAACAAGAUCGAACGGAAUGUUGAUGGAGAAAAAGAUGAAUCAAAUCCAGUUACGAAAGAUAAUUGCGAUGAUAAUGCAAUAACUAAGCAGUAUAUGACAAUGUGCUACGAGGACUUAGAUGAUAGCGAGGAGGAAAACUUUCAUAUGUUUAAUGACGAGAAUGCUAAUGCAUGUCAAAUUGUGUAGCAGUAACUUUAAACUAAUUGUGUUUUUGUUAGCCUUAUUUGUUGAUUGAU